AAUCGUGGAACUCGAAUGUUGGACGAGAUUACAGCUAAGUUGAAAUCGAAAUCUUCAAUGUCGGAAAAGCAACUAACAAUAUUGCAUUGCAAGUGAAACACUGAAUUCUUUAUAAGAAUGUUGAAAGCCUGAUGUUGAAUUUUGUCGGGAAUAUAACGCCAUAUGGCGCACACGUGACAAAUAACGAGCUAUUCAGAAGACCUUCCAGGAGCGUUUACCACUUGUCUGGAAAAUCCGAUAUUUUCAGUUGGUGAAAAUAAAGAACGGUUCAUUCCAACGGAAAUUUUCCGGAAAAAACCGAAUAUCUUCUUCGCCGUUCCAUUUGACGACAAACCACUAGUGUCAGACUUCUAGCCGUGUGAAAUAUGUAUGAUGGCGAAUUUGCUUCUAAAAGCUCGUUCUCUAGUCAAAACGUCAAAAACGACUAAAAACGCCAAGGUUAGUUCCGCUUAUAGUGCUUUGUACUGACUGUUCAAGGACAAUGAUCCGUCAACCAUUGUAAUAUGGUAACUAUGGUUUCAGUAAUCUGACCUCACCGACCUCACCUGCAUGAGUAUCACAUUCUCUGGGGGCCUGAUACUCGGGUUAUUUGAACCGGAUAUUGUACACUCUACUCGAUGCGCCAGAAGCUCGAACACUCUCAAUCUUUUCUCUAAAUUUGGGUUUAAUUAUGAAACGUUUUGCAGCUAUUUCUUGCUCAGAUGAUGAAAAGUGGGGGAAAAGCGAAGGGAUCGUUAAAAGAUAUGAGGAUUUUUACAGGAUCAAAGACGAAGAGUGGACAGGAUUUCAUGCUACCAGAGGAAAUGUUCCCACCAUUGAAGACCUUGAAAAAUUCGAUGCGUUUCUCAUUUCUGGAAGCAUAAGCUCCGCAAAUGAUAAUAAAGAAUGGAUUCUAAAACUUAAGGAGUUUAUUCAAGCCUUAGUGAGUCUUGACAAAGCAAAAAAGAGACCUAAACUGGUUGGGAUUUGUUUUGGGCACCAGUUGAUUGGAUCUACGUUGGGAGGUCAGGUUGGUCCAAACCCUUCGAAGGAUUUUAUCUUGCAUGCAGAAGAAAUCGUGGGCAAUGAAGCUGCUUCGAAGGUCAAAGGACUAGAAGGAUUGUUCGACAAUGGUCCUCUACGACUUUUAGAAUCUCAUGGAGAAUGCCUGACUGAGUUACCAGACGGCGCUAUAAACCUUGCAAGCUCAUCUUCAUGUAAGCAAGAAUUGGUGAAGUUCUCUGACAACAUUCUAGGUUUACAAUCUCAUCCAGACAUGCUUAAAGAAGAGGUACAGAACCUUAUUUUGCCAGCGAUUUCAAAGAAGUUUAAUUGGAGUGAUGAAAAGAUCAAAGAAAUUGAAGCAAGUGUUAAUAUGAAGCUUCACCCAGACAAAAUGAACGAAGCAAUAAAAAAAUUUAUACAAAAUUAGAUUGUAUAGUUACGUGACAGUGAAGUACUAAACUUACUGUAAAUCGUAAUUUUCUUGGCGUCUAUUUAAACGUAACGCACACUAAAUCCAUAAAAUCAAAUCAAAAUCCUUAUUGAGUUACCCUUAUGGAUAAUUUUGGUGUAAACACUGUUGCUAUUUAGAGUGUUUUUGACUGAAUACCAUAUAUCAAUUAUAUCAUCCAUGAAAAAAAAUGAACAAUUUAGUGCAAAGUUUUGUAAGUCUACAGUCUAGAGUGCAAACAAUAUAACCGUGAAACUUUAGUAAUACUAAAUAGCACAAUCUCAUGAAAAUUCCAUUGUUUUCUAUAGUUUAAUUAGCACUAUUUUGCACUAUUUAGUAAUUCGUGUUUCACGAGGUCUACUGAACUUACUAAUUAUUUGUGCAAAUUUGUUCCAUUUCUUACCAAGUUUUUCACAUAUAUAUGGUAGAGUGGUUUUAUUUUAUAUAAACCUGUGAAAGAAAAAUGACUAUUUAGUUAGUGCGGUCGGUAAAAACAAAAGAAAAUAAUGGUUUAGAGUCCACUACUGAUUGUUAUGCAUACUAUUCUUUCACGGGUUGAAUAAAAUCACUCUACGCAUUCUAUUAUCUGAUAUAUUGAACAAAUUAGCAACAAAAUGGUUUCGUUUCUUGGAUAUAUUCCAUGCAACUUAUAUUACUAUUACUAUUAUUAUUAUAUUAUUGUUAUUAUAUUAUUAUUAUAUUAUUAUUAGUAUUAUUAUAUUAUUAUUAGUAUUAGUAUUAGUAUUACUAGCCCUAUAAACCUUUUAAUUUUGAUUUGCAGAACGUUACAUCUAUUCCGCUACCUGCAAUGCAAUCACUGUUGCAAAAUGACCAGAGUACAGCUUACAUUUACAGUUUUAUUACACAUUUAGGGUCGAUAUCAGUAUAAAGCCGUGAAUAAAAACCAUAUCAGUGAAGUGAUGCUAUAUCACUUCACAGUAAACUGGUUUUUUGUCAUUUUAUCGACAUUUUGAAUCGAAUGUCAAGAGCUUGAUAUCUUUUUUAUUCACUCAUUUGAAAUAUCAUAUCACUUGCUUGCAGACUCGCUUGUUCGAGAUAUGAUAUGCAAACUCGUGAAUAAAAAUGAUAUCAAGCUCUUAACAGGUGAUAAUCCCUAUUUAUCACACACAUCAGAAAUCUCACCUGCAACUUGCAAUGCUCUGCUUUCUUCUGCAUAGACCCCCUGCACUGAGUCCCAUGAAAUUAAAAAAAUAUGGUCGUUUGAAUUGUAAAUGCUACAUUUGUGACGAAUAACAAAGUUUAAAAUAAGGAAAACAGUAAAGCGCAUAUUUUGCUACUACCGAAUUCAGUACUAACUUAUCAGGCUGAUAGGCUUGUGACAAGCAAAUCCAUAGUAUUUUUUACCUGAGAUUCACCGGGCCAUGAAAACUUGUAACUAAUUAACUGCCGAGUUUAUAAUCAUGUUUGUAAGCCAGUAACUACUGGAGUUGUAAAAGCUUUCAAAUGUUGUAACCCAGUAGUUACUGUAAUAUUGUAAAUUGAUUUUUUGUAAGCCAGUAACUACUGGAGUUGUAAAAGCUUUGAUGUUGUAACCCAGUAGUACAACUGUGAUUGUAAAUGAAUUUUUGUAAGACAGUAACUACUGGUGUUGUAAAAGCUUUCAAAUGUUGUAAUCCAGUAGUUACUGUAAUCAUAAAUGAUUUUUUGUAAGCUACAAUCCUGGACAAAAGUCGUUGGGACACUUGAAAACUCAGCACUAAAUUUUUAAAUAUUGUCUUAAUAUCCAUAGUUUCUCAAUGUUUGUAUGCCAUUUCAUCUAUUAAGCUCACCCCCCCUCCCCUCCCUCAACUUAAUGUUGGUCAAAGCACACAUCAUCGCAAAUGCCCCGCUUGCCCCAACAUUGAAUUAGGGGGAGGGGAGAAAAUAACAAUUUCAUGUAAUUUUAUGUUGCUGUCCCAAUACUUUUGUCCAGGAUUGUAUGUAUUCACCUGUCUGGGUGCUCAAGGUUGUGCACAAAGCAUGAUUGGUGAAAAUGACCAGCCCUAGGCAUUUUUGGAGCUUGAAAGAGCAAAGCAAACAUAGGUUUAAGUGUAAUUGUUUUUAAUCCUCCUUUCCAUAUUUAUUGUCAAAAUAAAUUUUAAAAUGCA